CCAUCGGCACUUACUCAACACGAAAAAAAAAACUAAAUUGUAUGCGGUUUAGGGUCAAAUUAUUUUGUACUUAUUCUGUGUAUUACUGUUUUUGAACGGUUUUGAUCACGUUUUGAUUUGGAGCUGGAUUUCUGUGUGUUUCCGGCGGCCAUUUGUUAUUUGUUUUGUUGUUACUCUGAGACGGAAUGAAAGUGAGUCUGUGAAGUGAGUGAAAUUCUGAGAUUGGUAGUUAUUGAUUUUUAUUUUACUCAAUUCAUGUUCAUGAGUAGAAGAUCAAUAGUUGCUUGAUAUGGAGGAAUUCAGAAUAUUUCUUAAUCAUGUGAAGUUUUAAAGACAUUAGUUUUCAUUCAGAGACUUGAGACGCGGACUCAACGACAAUCGUUAUUAAUAUGCAUCGAAGAGGCGGGAAACGUAUCCGAAUGGACGAUCCUCCUCCGGAGUACAUAAAUCCAAUGACUCCAGCAACACCGAUCGCCGAGUAUGGAGCUCCACCUGAUUCAGAACCAGUGGCGUUAGUGAAUAGAGCUGAAACGAGAGGGCACGCGACCGACGCGGCGGCGAGAAUGGCGAGUUUCACGUCGCCGGACACCCUUCGCUCGGAACCCGACGAGACUCCGGAUGAGGAGCCGCGGUCUCCGUCCCCGGCGCCCACCAAGCGCAUAACCCGCAGUCGAGGGCGCGGCGGCGACGGCGGUUACGUGGGGCGCCUGGCCGAGUCGCCGCCGCCGCCGCCGCUGCGGCGCCGGGGCCGCGGCGGACGCGGGCGCGGGCGGGGCCGCGGGGCCGCGCCGCCGCCCGCCUACUCGCCGCCGCCCGUGCUGCUGCCGGGUGACGAUGAGAACAGCCUGUACAACAUACUCCGAUUCAAUAAGACUGCUAUUAACCAAGUGGUGGAUAUGUGGAUAGAGGAGUACAAGACCAACCGGGAGAGUGCUCUGGUGCAGCUGAUGCAGUUCUUCAUCAACUCGUCAGGCUGUCGUGGCAAGGUGUCGCCUGAUAUGGCUCAGAUGGACCACACUCUCAUCAUUAAGAAGAUGACCCAGGAGUUUGAUGAGGAAAGUGGAGAGUACCCUCUGAUUAUGUCAGGGCAGACGUGGAAGAAGUUCAGGUCAAACUUCUGCGAGUUCAUCCAGACUCUGGUGAAGAUGUGCCAGUACUCCAUCAUCUAUGACCAGUACCUCAUGGACAACAUCAUCUCCCUGCUCACUGGCCUGUCCGACUCGCAAGUGCGGGCCUUCAGACACACGGCUACUUUGGCUGUGAUGAAGUUGAUGACGGCGCUGGUGGACGUGGCGCUGCUGACGAGCGUCAACUGCGACAACUGCCUGCGCCAGUACGAGGCGGAGCGGCUCAAGGGGCGGGACAAGCGCGCCAGCGAGCGCCUGGAGGUGCUGGUGGCCAAGCGCCAGGAGCUGGAGGAGAACAUGGAGGAGAUCAAGAACAUGCUGUCCUACAUGUUCAAGUCGGUGUUCGUGCACCGCUACCGCGACACGCUGCCCGACAUCCGCUCCAUCACCAUGUCGGAGAUCGGCAACUGGAUGGAGAAGUUCCCGGCGCACUUCCUCGACGACCUGUACCUCAAGUACAUCGGCUGGACGCUGCACGACAAGGUGGGCGAGGUGCGCCUGCGCUGCCUGCAGGCGCUGCAGCCGCUGUACGAGUGCGAGGAGCUCAAGGGCAAGCUGGAGCUGUUCACGUCCAAGUUCAAGGACCGCAUCGUGUCCAUGACGCUGGACAAGGAGACGGAGGUGGCCGUGCACGCCGUGCGCCUCGUCAUCGCCAUCCUCAAGAUGCACCCCGACGUGCUGACGGACAAGGACUGCGAGAACGUGUACGAGCUGGUGUACUCGUCGUGGCGCGGCGUGGCGGCGGCGGCCGGCGAGUUCCUCAACGUGCGCCUCUUCCGCUGCGACGAGGCGCCCGCGCCCGCGCGCUCGCGCCGCGGCAAGCGCCGCCUGCCCGCCACGCCGCUCGUGCGCGACCUGGUGCAGUUCUUCAUCGAGUCGGAGCUGCACGAGCACGGCGCCUACCUGGUGGACUCGCUCAUCGACUCCAACCCCAUGAUGAAGGACUGGGAGUGCAUGACCGACCUGCUGCUGGAGGAGGCCGGGCCCGGCGAGGAGGCGCUCGACAACCGGCAGGAGUCGUCGCUCAUCGAGCUCAUGGUGUGCUGCGUGCGCCAGGCCAGCACGGGCGAGCCGCCCGUGGGCCGCGGCGCGUCGCGCAAGCAGCACCAGGCGCUGUCCAAGGAGCAGGCCAAGACGGUGAGCGACGACCGCGCCAAGAUGACGACGCACUUCAUGGUGACGCUGCCGGCGCUGCUCGACAAGUUCGGCGCGGACCCGGAGAAGCUCACCAACCUGGUGUCCAUCCCGCAGUACUUCGACCUGGAGCUGUACACCACGCAGCGGCAGGAGGGCAACCUGGCGCUGCUGCUGGCCAAGAUCCGCGAGAUCGUCAAGACGCAGACGGAGGCCGAGGUGCUGGAGACGUGCGGGCGCACGCUGGAGGCGCUGUGCGGCGAGCAGCACGCCGUGUACACGCGCUGCAACGUGGCGCGCGCCACCGUCACCGACAUGUGCGUCAACCGCUACAAGGAGGCCAUCGACGAGUACCGCAGCCUGCUGGAGGGCGGCGAGACGCCGGACGCCGACGAGCUGUUCGGCGUGAUCAACUCGCUGCGCAAGGUGUCCAUCAUGUACAUGUGCCACAACCUCAACGACACCAACAUCUGGGAGUCGCUGUUCGAGGACCUGCCAGAGUGCGUGCGCGCCGACGCGCAGAUGCCGGCGCAGGCGCUGGUGUACGCGCUGCGCGCCUGCUUCUACUCGCUGCUGUGGGCGCUGCACGAGCUGGAGGAGCGCGGCGCGGGCGACGCGGCGGUGCUGCGCGAGCGCCUGCAGGCUUACGCGCGGCACUGCCGCGACGUGGUGGCGCGCGGCAGCACGCCCGAGCUGCGCGAGGAGGCCUACACCAGCCUGUGCGACCUGCUCAUCUACUUCGCGGAGCCGGCGGGCGGCCGGCGCCUGGCGCUGGAGGCGGACGCGCCGCUGUGCGACCUGCUGGACGCCUUCGUGCAGGAGUUCGUGUUCGUGCACCACAACUACGACGGUCAAGACGAGAGACGCAUCGAGGAGCUGCACAAGCGGCGCAACUUCCUGGCCGCCUACUGCAAGCUCAUCGUGUACAACGUGGCGCCCAUCCGCCGCGCCGCCGACGUCUUCAAGCACUACAUAAAGUGCUACAACGACUACGGCGACAUCAUCAAGGCGACGCUGAGCAAGGCGCGCGAGAUCAACAAGCAGAGCUGCGCGCUGGCCAUGCAGCUGGCCAUGCAGGCGCUGUUCAGCGAGCUGCUGGCGCGCCAGCCGGCGCCCGCGCGCACGCUGCCCGACUUCCUGGAGCUCAAGGAGCUGGCCAAGCGCUUCGCCGUCAUGUUCGGCCUGGACGCGGUCAAGAACCGGGAGGCGCUGACGGCGCUGCACCGCGCCGGCGUGGCGUACGCGGCGCUGGAGGCGGGCGAGGCGGGCGACGGGCCGCCGCCGCGCCUGCUGUUCCUGGAGCCGCUGGCCGAGUUCUCGGGCAAGCUGCUGCGCCAGGACAAGCGCGCCGUGCUCAAGUUCGCGGAGGCGCGCUUCUCCGGCGCGCAGUGGGGCGAGGACUGGGCGCCGCUGCUGGCCUACCGCCAGUCGCUGCUCACCGACGCGCCCGAGGAGCGCCCGCCGCCCGCGCGCCGCCACUACACGCGCCGCAACCGCGGGCAGCACGACGAGGAGGAGGGCGAGGACAACGCGGACUCGGACCAGGAGCAGGCCGGGUGAGCGCCGCCGACUGUAGUUAGUGCCGCGGCGGCUCCCUCGGUGACCGGGACCGAGAUACACUGAUUGAUAGAUUGCUGUAAGAUCCGGCAUCAGAUAUAUGUACCCUCAUUUUACUUAUUGGUGAUAGGAAGUAAAUUAUAGAUAACAUUCACAGUGACACGUAAUUAAAUUGCAGCCAUUCACAUUUUAUAUACAAAAUCUAGGAAACUAUGAAACAGAUCAACAAAGGCAACGUAAUAAUGUUAAAAUAAGCUGUCAUUCGACAUACAAGAUGACUAAACAACUGAUGAGAGUGCAUAAAUAACAUAACUCACCUGUUCAUAUCUGGCAGCCCCACACUAGCAGAGCAGAGUGAAAGCAGGCAACCAUUGCACUUUCGAUUGUGUUGGGUAUAUUAUUUUUAAGAGGAAGUAGAUUAAAUUUAAUAAAAAAAUUUAAAUUCAUUUAUUAUCCGGCCGCAAUCUAACUAUGCAACCUAUUUUCUAUCAUAUAUCUUACCCUAAGUAAAUAACAGAUGAGGGUAUAUAUUUCUCGCUAGAUCUCGUACUGUAUAAAGUUGUGCCAACUCCUUGUAUUUCAUUGACAUUCGUCGUGAGGUGGAUUAUAUAAGUACAACUUACUAUUUUUAAAAUUUGUGUACUUUUAUGUAAUAUAUUAUACAUUUUAUAAUAAAAUGUAAAAAUUAUAAAGCUACGGAAUUAUAUGUAUUAUGUUCGCCAAUAUGUAAUUGCGCGUUCAACAAUUUGUAGAUCUUUACCCUGAAGCCAAAUUGGGAGAAGAAUAAAUAUAAACAUGUCAAAUUAGGAUAUCACAAUUGUUGUGUAAAAACAUUACUCUAUGAAACUGUUUGAGCAGACCUUCAGUUAUGUUUAGUUUGUCUGUUGUUGUAAAGAGAGCUGGACGUAGCGCGCUGAGACAAAGAUAUUAAGUACCAGCUGCUUGAAAAGUAUACACUUUUCUCCUAAUUUGGCUAACGUAUUUAUGGUAGGGGAGCCGAAGAGGGGAUUUUUGCAGUUACUCGAGCGCAACAGAUAAACAUGAGGUAUUUAUUAUACCUUGCACGUUGUUGAGUACUUCCACCAAGUCUGAGCCCUUAACAUUGGUGUGUUCGUUUAGGGAAACCAAAAAAAAACUAACUUCAGAAAUACUCAACCAGCACGUCAGAGUAAGAUAAGGUGGGUGAUCGAAAUCACCUCAUUAAUCGCUAAAAUUUUCUGACAAUUUCAGUAAGUCAUAAACAUUGCUUUUAAAGUCUGUAAUUCUUUUCCACCGCUAAAAGCGAAAAAAGUAAAUAACCAUUUAUUCUUUUCAUCAUACAACAAAUGUCAUCGGUUUCCAUGACGCUUCAGUAACUGCAAAUUUAGCAUCCCGGGCUCCCUACUAUUAUAGCUACACUCCUGAGUGAAGCUGUGACCGGCGGCUUCACUCUCAUGUUUAUUAUUCAUUUCAUAAACAAAGCUUUUCUUAAAUGUAUGUGCCUUUCUACUCAUUUAUAUGAUUGUGUAUAUAUAUUUAUAUUACCUACAUAAUUGUCAAGUAGUAUCUUAGAGGCACAAUUAUACGCCCACUUUAAUAUACUCGCGUAAUAUUAAAGUGGGCGGACAAUUGUGCCUCUGAGUAUAUUUAUGUGAGCUAUAAUGUGUCGAGUGCGGUAUGUUAGUCGCCUGUCAAAUGUUCUGUCAAGUUGUUUACGUUCGUCCUACAGUUGAUCAGCUCCGACAAUUAUCCCAGCGUCCAUGAGCUCCGACAUCCGACAAGUGGGCACGGCCCGUCAAGAUUAUUUUGUUAAGUUUAAUAUAUUUUUGUAAUAAAACAAAUUUCGAAAA